CAGAAUGCCGCGCGCGGCCUACAUCAGGCUGGAGCUUCAGAGUGGAGUUCGGGGUCUGGCGGUGUCAGGAGUGGAGGGAGACUCGGCUCAUCAAAUAUUAAAACGAAGAGUUGAGCAGAGACUGGGGGAUUGAGAUGUCAUCAGCAUUGGGCACCUUGCCAGUGGUGGCAGAAGAGCUCCUGAAGAAAGUGAAACAGGUUUACCAGGAAUUGUCACAAUUGACAGAUGAACUGCUUCUGGCAUUAAAGUUUGUCUUUGGCCCAGCUGCCCUGCAUGCCUUGGAGCUGGUGGAUCAACUUUCAGUAACACUUGUCCACUCCCCCAGUGGAAGAUCCCUGUACCAGGUAGAAGGAAGUUCUGGUCAGGUGUAUAAUUGCCUAAGCUCCUGCCUCUACUGCUCAUGUCCAGCAUUCAUGUACUCUGUUUUACGAAGGAAUGACAAUAUAUUGUGUAAGCAUAUUCUUGCUGUAUACCUGUGCCAAGCCAUGGGAGUGUACCACCAGCUGACAGUCUCAGACAAGCAACUCACCAGCCUUCUGCUGGCAAAGGACAAGGAGCCUGGAGCCACAGCACAUUAAAGGUCAUUAUUCUGGAGAAAAGAAAACCGCUGAGAGACAUAAAACUUUUUUUAUACAUGGUAUAUAAACCCAAGGACUGAUUUUUAGUGUCCCCUCGUUACAAAGCUUGAGUCGGCAGUACAGAAACAACUAAAACUGCGGACAAUGAGAACCAGCUGUUCUAUUAAAAAGAUAAAAUUUAGAUCCUUACUGUUGCUGAAGCAAUAGAAAUGUCAGAUAGAAGGAGACAGUGCUGUUUCAAGCACCCUGGAAUUGAAAAGACCUCGUUAUUUCCAAACAACUCGCCGACUGUGUAACCCAGCACCCAAGGCCAAAUGUUGCUGAAAUAAACAUGGCUGCCUACAGUCUUCGCUACUUUACUCCUAAACUAUACAUAAUCUAGGCUGACACUUCAGUACAGCACUGAGAGAAUACUGCGUUGACGGUGUUGUCAUCUUUCAAAUGAAGCAUUUAGCCAAGGCCAGUAAAAAAUCCUGAAGCAUUAUUUGAAGAAGAGCAGGAGCAUUCUCUUGCCCAGAAAUGUUCACUCAAAGAACACUACCAAAAACAGAUUCUCUGCUCAUUUAUUCAUUUGCUGUUUAUGGCAUCUUGCUUACAAAUAUUGACUUCCACAUUUACUUCAAACUCAAAGUAAUUAAUUGGCUUCGUUGCAAUUUGGGACAUCUUGAGGAGGUGGAAAAGUGCUACAAAAUGCAGCUUCUUUACUUCUUACUACAUUGUUCUGUGUGUAUUUUGGCAAGUUUAUUUUAUAAUUAUCUGUAAUAAUGUUUUGUUUUCAGUGUUUCAAUUGCGUAUUCAGCCAUCACAUGGCAGGUACAUGUCAAGUCAUGCAGUGCUUACUCAAGCAGCUGCCUGCUUGUUAAUUGUGACUGCCACAACCCCUCCAUCUCUCUGCAGCAUGGAAGCAGUGAUUGAGUCAACCAAAUGUGAAAAGUGAACACACUGUUUUGGUAGAUGCGGCUGUGAUACUGGCUGUUCCAGGCUGCUGUGAGUCAUACAGGUAAACACAUUGAUAUUGCACCUUAAUUAAACUAAAUCGUUUUAACAAUAAUAUGGAGAGUUUGACACAUGGGCAGCAUAAAGCGCACAUGCCCCAUCACAUUGGAUAAGUAUAAUAGUCAGCCUGGCAACUGCCCUGUCUCCAGUGGGGACUUCCCAUGGCAGAACCUAUGGACCAGCCUCCAGAGGUCAACAGAGAACAGCUUACAUCAUUGCACCCUGAUUCCUGGACUGUGGAGUUGUUCUGAAUUAUUUGAUUUAAAUAAAAGUCUUUAUGAAGAAGCGUU